AUGGUGUCAGCGACCGUCCUUCCCGCUACCCACGGCGGUGGGCCCAUCUUCGAGAUGGCAGCCGAUCCCGUCGUGCCACCCGGGUCCAAGACGACGUCAGCAACGACAGAUGCAGGUCCAGACGCCGACGCUGCUGGCAAGGGGGCGAACCCGUGGCCAUAUCACGCCGAGGACCGACAUGACAAGCCGGUCGGACCGGUCUAUAAGCCUUAUGCGCCGCCGGCAGAGCACGAGACGCACCAUGCUCAUACCGCUCCUGCCGCUGCCGCCGUGCGGCCGUCGACGACGGGUCAAGGGGGGAGUGCUGCUGCCCUGGCUUACAGACCGUACCGGCCGCCGGGGGAUGGCGGCCAGGACGGCGAGGAGGCUAAGGGGAAGGGAAACGGAGAGGGCGACGGCAACGGCAAGGACGCUGCUGAACCCGAGUACCCGACCGGUGCUGCGCCACACCACUUCCACACGCCUGGGCCGCCUGCGGUGCCAAACCAGACGAAGCCGGAGGUGACUGCUGCGAAACCGUGCCCGGAGACGCUGUCUCCUACGUCGGCAGGCGAUGCCGGCCCAGAGCGACCGGCCACUCGACCGGCCACGGCGCCGCCCGGACCGACGACGGGACCUCCCGUGCCCGGACCCGCCGACACCGUCCUGUGGCCGCCUUCCUCCCGGCAGAACAGCGAGGCCGCCCUGCCGGAGGUAUGCCAGGGUCCGUACCAGUCUCAGGAUGCCGAGGUGGUGGUCCCGGCCACGGCCCCGCCGCCCGUCAACGCGUCGACGUACCCCUUUGCCGCGUACCCGCAUCCGCCACCACCGCCGCCGCCGACGUCUGCCCCCGCCGCCGCCGCUGCCGCCCACGCACCCCCGCAGCCGAUAUACUCGCCCGCGCACGUCUUGUCUCCGGCAGCAAGCUGGUACGGACAGCUGCCCGUGUCGCCGACGUACGACAUCUCGCCGCAGUCGCCGCCGCCGGCCUACACCGACGGUCCACCCAUGCUGCCUCUGCGCAGCGAGAAGCCUUCGCUGUUCCCGCAGGCACCGCUGUCCGCACCGCCGACGACGACGUCUACGCCCCAGCAGCAUGUGACGACCCCCCCACCGCCGCUGCCGCCUUCGUCGUCGUCGUCGUCGUCCUUGUCCCACACCCCCUACCAGCCCCCGGUGCCCCAGCCGACGUAUGUGCACCCCCCACCCCUGCCGCCGCGUCCUAGCUCGUCAGACGGGGGUAUGCGUCCUCCCCCGCCGUCGGUGCAGACCGUGGCCGGAUUCGGCUUCACCCCCGGCCCACCGGUCGGGAAUAAGCUGUUCAGCGGCUCGUCGGCCAUGAAAUGGCUCGACAAGACGAAUCAGCUCGUCGAAGAAAAGAUUGGCGAGAUCCUCGACCAUAGCAAGUUUCGUCCGCAGCAGCAACAGCACCAGCACCAGCCGAAGUAUGGGUACACGCAGCAGCCGUCGCUGCCGCAGCGACCGGCGUAUUAUCAGCCUGCGCCGGGACAGCAGCCGUAUUACCCUCGAAGUGGUGGACAGUGA